AACGGCGACCACAGGCAAUAUUGCAGCGAACGAAACACUGCCUACCACCUUCAUUCGAGUGGACACGUUCAGUUAAUUUACACCAAUAAUAUACGAAAAUCUUGAACCUCGAUAUUUUUUUUUCCUUAACGAAUUUAUUUUUAUUUAAAAAGAUGUUGUUCUGUGAUUAGUGUUAAGACACAUUAAGUUAACAUUGAAACCUUUAAACCAAAUGGACAUUUUGAAAUAAAUGACGUUUCAGUGUUAACAUUUUUUUUCUUAUGUUGUGGGAAGUGAUCCAGGAAACUCAAGAUGGUGUUACGACGUAUCGAUUACAUCUUAGGCAGUAUUCUGAUUGUGGCAGUUAUCGCAACUCUAGCUAAUGCACAACCGCCAACGGCAGACGAGUCCAUUGGACGAGACCGAAUUCAGCGGCAAUCUUCUCUACGAGCAGGAAAAAGUGUGGCAAUUAAACCAAAAUGGGGAUUUUUUGGAACAAUAUUUAAUGUUAUUUUGGAACAAAUUAAUGACACAAAAAGUGCAUACAACCAGAUUUCCGAACUAGUGAAUAAUCAAUUUGUAGAUGAAAAGGAAGUAAUACCACCUCCAGAUGAAUCUAAUAAUGCAACUACACCAUCCCCGAAAAUAACAAGGAAGGAAUUUUUAAAUAUUCUUGAUCGAAACCUAAAAGGUUUGGCGCGUCUGAGGAAUUUAGAAUGGCGCGAAGCUAAAAAGGAUUCAUGGAAUAACUUACAAGGUUAUUGGAACGAACUAUUUGGAGAUAAGAAAAAAAGGAUUAGAAGAGACACCAGUCACUAGCUAUUGCCUAAUAUGAAAUUCAUAUUUAUAUAAACAGUGUAAAUAAAGAUAGGUUUUAGAA